AUGGGGUAUGCAGGUGGCAGAGACCCUGGCUUCAUAUCCCAGCGAGAACAGUGGGACUGCUGGGAUCUCAAGACUUGGGGCCUUUUUGAAGUCAUCAAAGUCAAGUCCACUGUCCACGGAGCCAAACAGCCCAGAGCUCGUGGAGGAAAGUGCUACCUCGUAGGGAAUUUGGUCAUUAAAUAGCUCAAAGUUCCUCCUGAUAGUUUAUGUGAGCCUCCCAGCCCAUUUUCAGCAUUUGUCAAAGAUUUCCCUACAUGUAGCCCCAAAGAUGGAGGCCCUGAAACCCCUUCUGUGAUAGACCCAGAGAUCCAAAGAGCGGCCCCAAGUGGCCCCAGAGGCUCCUGGGAGGAGAGCUCAGCCUGGGCAGCACAAGAUGAGGAACAGAGGCUCAAGCACGAGUCCCCAGCCUCACCGCAGUCACAGACUGCAGUCGGCCAGCCUGGCCUGUCCCACCAGUCGCACUGCCCCUAUCACCACCUCCCUGCAUGUGCGGCCUUGACCGGCCCCAGGGCCAGUGGUUGGACGGACCAGACCUCCAGGGCUGUGUCCAUGCACUUUACCCUCUACAACCGUCCAGCCCAGCUCUUCUCAAGUGUGUUGCUAGCUGAGAUGCUCCCCACUGGGGGCCUCUCGCUCUCCUCCCUGGUAGAGUCAGUUGCCAUCUUCUGCAGUGACUCAGCCCUGCAGUACCACCUCCUCCUCCCUCAGCUUGUCUUCCCAGUGCUCAACCUGACUCACCUCUGUUCCCAACUCUAUGGCAACGGGAAGGGCAUCUGCAACUACUGGCAGAAACCAAGAAACUGGCUGCAGCUGAGCCUCUCAUACCACAUUCUCCAUGAAAAAUAA